GUAACAGGUGUGUAGGGCGCUAUUUUAUAACUUACCUGCCGCAGGUGACUGUGGUAGAAGUCUAACAAACUAACUGACGAACUGAAGCGAAACAAGUCAAAUUUGAUAAAAUGAAUAACCCCAUCCCGUCCAACAUGAAGUCGGAGGCAAAGAAAGCUGCCAAGAUCCUCCGAGAGUUUACUGAGAUCUCCAACCGCACAGGGCCCGACAAACUCAUCCCAGCCAAUAUAUUAGCAAAGUGUCAGGGCCUGGCCAUCAUCACAGUGAUCAAGGCAGGCUUCAUGAUCACAGCUCGGGGCGGCAGCGGCAUUGUCAUCGCUAGACUGGCUGAUGGACGUUGGUCUGCUCCCUCUGCCAUUGGUAUAGCUGGUCUGGGCGGUGGCUUUGAGAUUGGAGUUGAGGUUUCAGACCUGGUGGUGAUUCUGAUGCAGCGCAGGGCAGUGGAUUCUUUCUCUAAAGGAGGGAACCUCACUCUGGGCGGCAACUGUACUGUGGCAGUAGGACCGAUGGGAAGGAACGUGGAGGCUGACGUAGCGUUGCGUAGUACGGCAGCAGUCUUUACCUACUGUAAGUCCAGAGGGCUGUUCGCUGGAGUCUCUCUGGAGGGAUCCUGCCUCAUAGAACGCAAAGACACCAACCGCAAGUUCUACUCCCAGGACAUCCGUGCGUCGGCCAUAUUGAACGGAGAUGUAGAGCCUCCCCCAGAAGCUGAUGACCUAUACUGUGUCCUAGAGACCUACACAGAUAAAUACACUACUGAGUGGACAGCCAAGCACCUAGCACAGAAGGCCGUUCAGUCCAGUGGUCCCCCAGCUAGACCCCGAGCUCCAGCCGCACAGAGACCUGCUAGCACAUACAGGACAGAGGCAGUGAAGCCCUCCCUUUAUCCAAGCAUCUCUGCCUUCAAAUCUGACAGCGCAGGAUCCUAUAGGAGAAGUCCAAGUAGCACAAGGACAGUCCAGAACGAUUACGGUGGGGUGGGGCCGUGGGACGCAGGGCCUGAAGUCGUCACGGCGAUACACCCGUUCACAGGGCAACAGCCUGGCGACCUGAGCUUCAACCCUGGCGACCGCAUCACAGUGGUUACCAAGACAGAGUCACAGUAUGACUGGUGGGAGGGAACGCUAAACGGACGGACCGGAAUCUUCCCCGCUAACUUCGUCUCCUGCCCCUGAACACGCACACACAAGUCUGACACACACACACGGACACUUACACUGCUGGGAGGGAUGUUUUAAACACACCACAUGAUCACACUGAGGAAACGCACUCGCUCUCUUUAGCACACACUCGCUCUCUUUAGGACACACUCACUCUCUUUAGGACACACUCGCUCUCUUUAGGACACACUCGCUCUCUUUAGGACACACUCGCUCUCUUUAGGACACACUCGCUCUCUUUAGGACACACUCGCUCUCUUUAGGACACACUCGCUCUCUUUAGCACACACUCCACAAUGUUCAAGAUUCACACAAACUUACUAACUCUGAAUUCUACAGUACAGGUGCAGGUCUUCCUAUAGGACCUUAUGGGUAUCCACACUCACUGCACUUCAGAUUAUUUAGUGCCUCUUUCACACUACCGUUCCUACCUGAACUUUACUCUUUGGCUCGCUUUCCAGUAAGUCCAGUUCACUAUAAGGUCAGCCUGCUUUUGAAGCCAAACGGUUCAAAACGGGGAGGGACCUACCUCAAUUUGUCAAAUAUAAACUCUUCUUUUUGUUGCAAAAUUUGUUUCCGUUUGGAGUAAAUGGUUUCUGUUGCAAAACCUUUUUGCUACGGUGUUUGACUAAUGAAUACACCCCAGAUGUUACCAGCAGCCAGCUCUGUUCACUUCUAGAGACCCGAACCAUGCUGGAAAGGGCGAUUGUAGAAAGACAAUAUCCGAGCCGGCGCAGUACAGUUUGGGUCGGCAAGAUUGUGUGAAUAGGGUACCAGUGUUCUAGAGCCUUGAACAGAAGAAUGUUAUCACUGAUACUGUACAGUGUUUUUAACUCUCCAUUUGUAUUUUAGGUACUAAUACAUAAAGUCACAAACUGGCUGGCUUGACAAGAGGGUUUGACAUAUUACAAUGAUGUCAAUAGAUUAUUUUAUUUUUGUCUCUAUAAAAUGCGUUUCUAAUUAUUGGGGAAAUCUGUAACUCCUGGUUAUUUUAUGUUCUGAACUGAAGGUGCUGGGAUUAUGAUGCUGGAUCAACUUUAUUUAAUAUAAAAUAAUAUUUCUGUUUUAUCUGAACAUCUGUAUGUAAUGAGGAUUUGUACUAAUUUCUCUCUGAAUGUGUGGAUGUUAUUAAAGAACCUUGUAGAAGA